AUGGCAGCCGCGGGUCAAUCCACGGGGAGUGUCCCCCCAAACUCCACUGUCUACGUUCGGAAUCUAGAGGAGCGCAUUAAGAUUGAACAACUCAAGGUCGCCUUGGAGGAGAUCUUCUCUGAGUUUGGCAAUGUGGUUGAGAUUAUCGCCAAAAAGAAUCUCAAGGCCAAGGGGCAGGCAUUCAUUGUCUUCGAUAGCGUGGAUGCUGCGACCCGCGCUAUUGAGGAUGUGAACGGAUUCGACCUCUUCGAUAAGCCCAUGGUCUUGGAUUACGCGAAGACUAAGAGUGACGCGACGGUCCUCCGUGAGGGUGGAAACGAUGAGCUGGAAGCUCACAAGCGGAGGCGUCUAGCUGAGAAAGAGCGGAAACAAGCCCACGAAGCCCUCGAAGCUCAGAAGAAACUCAAGCGCCCCGCGGCUCCUGCAGAGAGCGCCCGCCCAGCGAAGACGACAAAGGGUGCCGGCCUCAAGCCUACCACUGGCGCCACGGCUGCAGUUGUUCCGGACGAAUACUUGCCUCCCAACAAGAUUCUGUUCUUGCGCGAUCUGCCGGACGAGGCCAGCCAGGAGGGUCUUUCCGAAGUCUUCGGCCGUUUCGAAGGCUUCCAGGAAGUCAGAUUGGUGCCCGGCCGCAAGGGUAUUGCCUUCGUCGAGUACGAGACCGAGGCCGGUGCUAUCAGUGCCAAGGAGGCUACUUCUGGUAUGGCCAUGGGCGACCAGAACAAGCCUAUUCGCGUUACAUACCAGAGACAGUAG